AUGUCAUCAGCAUCUACGCCCAUUGGCACGCCUCGGCCUGAACAGCAGGCUCAGAAGAAUGGCGCAAAGAAGGAGGUCAAGAUAUUAAUGAUUCACGGCUACACACAAUCAGGCGCCCUCUUCCGCGCAAAAACCCGCGCCAUGGAAAAACUCCUCGCCAAAACCCUCGCCCCAAUCUCCCUCCUCCCCGUCCUCUUCUACCCAACAGGCCCCAACCGCCUCCUCCCUUCCGACACCCCGGGCUUCAAGUCCUCCGCCGAGUCCCAGGGCGGCGACGACCCUUCUGCCGACGACCUCCCCGACACCUGGGGCUGGUUCCGCAAGGACGACGCCACCAACUCGUACCGCCUCUUUGACGAGGGCAUGGCCGUCAUUGCCGAUGCGAUUCGUGAGGCUGGCGGUAUUGAUGGCAUCUGUGGGUUCAGUCAGGGAGGUGCCAUGACGGGCUUCGUCGCUGCUGCUUUAGAGCCGUCGAGGACUGUCCUGGAUGGACCAAAGGGCGACUGGGCUCGUAAGCUGCGAGAGGCGAAUGGCGGCCGGCCGGUCAAGUUUGCCAUUUCUUAUUCCGGCUUUUAUGCCGCUGUUCCUGAGCUGGAGUGGCUGUAUGAGCCCAAGAUCAAGACGCCGACGCUGCACUACAUCGGUAGUCUCGACACUGUUGUCGACGAGAGCCGUAGCCAGGGAUUGGUGGAUCGAUGUGAGGAGCCCGUCGUUGUCGUUCACCCCGGCGGCCAUCACGUCCCCGUGUCCAAGGAGUGGGUGAUGCCCCUGGCCGGAUUCAUAAAAAACCACGCCAGCGGCAACGAGGAGUAA